ACAAUCGUCCUGCUGUUCGCUUGCCGGAAACGCUUGAAAUGUGUGUUCUGACCUGACUAACCGAAGUGUGAGUGUUCAUCGAUUCAGUUCACGUUGGGGCGUAACUCGUGCGGAGCGUCGUUGUGGAUUGAAUUUUUAAUAAGGGAUUACAUUUCUGAAUAAUUAAACGAUUUUCCUCAGACCGUUACUUUCCAAACUGCUGAAACAACAAAACUCGUGCCGCUAGUUGGAAGCAUCAGCACAUAACAAACAACACAGUUCCCCAGAAAAUAUUCAGCAGUUGCAGUUUGUUUUUAACCGUCGAGUCUUGACCGGCCAAUCAAACACAACGUAAUUAAAGUAACAGCAGCUGGCUGGCACGGACUUGCUGCCCUCCUGCCGGCAGCCAGACCAGACGAUCAGAGAAAAGUUGAAAUACGGUGAAAGGCUAAAAAUAGUGAAAUAUUAUUGGAGAUUACACCGAAGAAGGGUCCAGCUUUCCCGCAGUGGGGCAAAAAUCAAGGAAGAAGAGUGAAGAGAAAAAUCCCACACAGUGAGUUGAUUAAUUAGUGUUGGAUUAAUGAGUGCACCACCCGGUUCCCGUUGAAGCCAAAGUAUCGGCGCAAGGUCAAUAUUUAUCGUAAACAACAGCCCAUGUUAAUGUAUUUUCUAAUCUUUUUUACACCGUGAGUAUUUAUCGUGCACCACAAAUUUCGAGAACUAUUACAAAGUUUGAUAAUCUAUAUAUUCAAAGUGUAGUGGACCUAAAUGUCAAGUAUCAAAAAAGUUUACGUGUUAGAAUACGAAGUAGCGUUAUCAUCAUGUUAUUAAGUGGAUAAAAGCAAAAAGAGAAGCACCCCAUAAAUAUUCAAAUUAUCAUAAAUUAUUAAUAAAGCAAAGUCGGAAAGUGUAUCGCCCCGCCUCCAAACCAAAGGCCUUAAUCGCCAUCAUAGCAUAUCUUCAAAGCGACCAAAAUAGAGCAAAAGUAGGAAAAAGUAGAAAAAAAAGUAAGUGUAGUGGCACCGAGGAAAAGUUACAAGUCACCUUGAGGGAAAGGAAUCGAAACAACUGCGGCGGCAUUUUCCAGAGCACGCACGAUAGCUCCCAUGUGUAAUUGUACUAUUUUCGGAUCUUAUCAAGCACGAUUAUAUUCAAUAUAAGAUAAAUAAAACAAUCAGCGCUCUGUGGACGGCAGCGAGCAGUGAAAAGCGGAACGUGUGAAUUUCCGGUUGGAAACAUUCAGCGCCAGCGUAGGAGAAAUGUCCCUCCAAAAUGACGCCGAUCCAGCAACCAACUCCGGUUACGGCAGUUCCGACGAAACCGCUUCGUUACUGCUAAUGUCCUCAAAUAACAGCAGCAGCACAACGACAACUACGGGAUCAAGUAUCAUAUCAACCAUUAGCAAGUCUAGGAUGGCAUCACAUAGCUCUUUCAAUGGACCAACAAAUCAACAGUCGACCACUAGCGCAACUAGCCCUCUAACGAUGACGGCCAACCCCGGUGCCAUCGCUGCUGCCGCCGGCGGAAAUAACAGCAGUAAUAGCAACAAGCCAAUUCUCAUACGGCAAGACAGAACAUCGACAUAUCUAGCGAGCCCCCAACUUUCGGCGACGGGAUUGGGCGGUUCGGAGGAGAGCGGCCAGACAGAGGAAGACCAACAGAACGCACGCUCCGUUCCCGACAUCGAAAUGCACUGCCGUCUCGAGACGCCGGCAAUCGCCGUUUCCACUUCGUGCGAUGGUCGGGGGACAGCAACAGGUGGUGCCGGCUAUCAGCUGGUGCCCUACAACAGAUGUCGUGCCUGCCGCAACUGUGAUAGACGUGCCUCCACUACGCCGGUGUCUUCGCUGCAACUGACUCGCUCUGCUUCGAAGGAAAGCGUCCGCAGUGCGCUCCACAGUCGACUGACGGUUCAGCACUCGACUAUUCCGCCGGUGCUGAUCACAUCGUCGCCCACAUCCGGGUCACGAAUCAUACGCCAAAGCUCGCAGCCGGAAGCAAGCUCGCAUAUCUGCUGUGGGAGCCAGUGUGCGCAUGUCUGUGCCCACCCUAGCUCCUCGUUGCGGCAGCUACGCGAACCUGGCGACGGCAUCGCUGGCAUUGCGGCGGAUUCCCUGCGAAUUAACGGCGGCAUGCGGCAGUUCAAGCAGCUCGUUGCGCGAAGAAAGGAGAAGGAGAAAGAAAAGGUGUGUGGUCCGAGUUUUCCAAUUGUGUGGCACUUCUCCAAACCGUAGUCGAGAAACAACGCAAAAUCAGCUUCGUCCCAUAUGGUGUUUGCACUCGCUCUGUACAGUCAAAUAUAUAAAUGCUUAUGAGUUCAAUCCGGCGCUUUGGACCUUAAUUCAUAUUUGUCGGGUGAUGGCAAUA